CGCCAUUCACGUGCAGGUGCAGCGGCAAAAGUAAAACCCUCGUUUAGCCGCCGCCCUGACCCCUACCGAUCUCCUCGCCGGCAACCGGCAGCGGCGGGCACCAAAGGCGACGGCGCGACGCUGUGAACGAAUCGUCCUCGCCAAUACGCCGCAGCUGCGAGCGACAACGGACACGUUGUGACUAGUGACAUGGACGACUUCAUCUUCAGCGAUUAGGCGGCGGCGGAUGCUCGCUCGAAGGUUUGAAUUGGACUACAACAGAAUAGCAAGCCUACUAUGGAGUUAUCGAUGAAGCUCAUGAUCGACACCAAGUCCCAGAAGGUGUGCUUCGCCGAGGCCGGAAGCGACGUCCUGGAGUUCCUUGCCGGCCUCCUGUACCUGCCGCUGGGCACCGCCCUCGGCCUACUGACCAAGGAGCGCAUGGUUGGCUGCAUCGGCAACGUGCUCGGCAGCGUGGAGAAGCUAGGUGUGAACUACAAGAGCAAGGAGCGGUGCCUUAGCCCGGCCGUCACCGCCGCCACGCUCCCCCUCCUCCAGCAGCUGUUGGGAAUACAACUCAACAACGGUAUUGACACCUUCUACACAUGUGAAGGCCGUAACACUGGCGCCUACUCAGGCGUAGGCACUAGCUGUGGAUAUCUAUCGGUGAUACCUAACAGAAGCUGCCCUACUUGCCGAUGUUAUAUGACGAAGGCUAUGACGCUCGCCGCUGAAACCAACCGGACCUUGGUGGCCGCGGCGCUGCCGACGACCACGCCGCUACCUGUGGCCAUGUACACUGUCGGGGACGACUUGACAGUGACUUCAGCCUCUUUUUUUGCGACGAUCUCGCUGUUGGGCAUCAAGGACCUCAGCGCCUUACAAGAAAAGACAGUGAAGAUCGGCAAGGAAGAGGCACUAGAGAUAUUUGCUGCUUCCCUCAAGUCCAAGACCGUCCUGUCGGAUGUCUUUUUGCCGAAGAAGAAUGCUCGCCUCAAGAGGGAACAUCCUGACGGUGUCAUUCAUGUAUGACUCGGUGCUUGCUAUUUUAGAAUUCUGGAUACCUUUUUCGAUAUCAUAUUUACGAGGAAGGAGAUGUAUUUGAGUGACUUGGUACUAGUUUAACUUACUACCAUAAGUUAUUUAUAAAGUUAACUUCAAAUUUUACUCCUUAAGUGCCAAUCUGGGUAUCUCUUGCUC